AUGAAGGUUGUGAUUGUCGGUGCAGGCCUAGGUGGACUGGCUUGCGCAAUUGCUUGCCGCCGCGAGGGUAUUGACGUGGAGGUUCUUGAACGCUCCCCGAAGAUCCACGAAGUUGGAGCAGGUAUUCAAGUGCCACCUAAUGGAACCAGAAUAAUGCGCGAUUUUGGGCUGCUGCCCCAGCUGCUCGAGAAAGGAGUUCAAGUCCAAGAAGUGAACUUUCGAAGAUACAAGGACGGUCGCUUACUGCGAAGGAUGCCAUUCGGAGAUGAUAUCACCGAGCAAUUCGGGGCACCGUGGGUUGUUAUCCACCGGGUCGACUAUCACUGUAUUCUUCAUGAUGAAGCAAUUCGUCUUGGUGCAGUCAUCCGGCUAGGAGCAGAGGUCACUGAUAUCUCUACCGAUGAGCCAGCAGCUCUUCUUGCCGAUGGGACAAAGGUAGUGGCAGAUGUUAUUAUUGGAGCUGACGGUCAAAUGUCUUCGGUCAGAACGGCCGUACUUGGGGCCUCUGUUUCUUCGAACCCCACGGGUGACAUGGCCUACCGAGCAACUUUCUCUAGGGAGCAGCUCGAGGCGCUGGGCGAUGACGAUGUCAAUGAACUAUGCAAGAGGAUCGCCGUGACUAGCUGGUUGGGACCAGAUAAGCAUACUAUAUUCUACCCUGUCCGUGGCGGGAAGGAGUUCAACCUUGUCCUGCUUCGACCAGAUAAUUUAUCAUCGGACGCCCGCAAGGAACAAGGCGAUAUUGAUGAAAUGCGUGAGAGCUAUAUUGGUUGGGAUGAGACCUUGCAGAAGAUUAUCUCAUGUGUGCCGUCGGUUUAUAAAUGGAAGCUGACCCAUCUUCCUGAACUUGAAUCAUGGACAAAGAACUCCGUUGCGCUUCUCGGCGAUGCAUGCCAUCCCACUCUGCCUUAUCAAGCGCAAGGGGCUGCGAUGGCGGUCGAGGAUGGAGCUGUUAUUGGCAAGCUUCUCGGCUCCUUACAGGCCCAGGUAUUGGAGCCAGACAGCUCUGGAAAUGAGCCUUCACGAUUAGCAGCAUCCUCGGCACAAAAUCUUACCACUGAAGUGCUGGCUCUCUAUGAGAAGAGUCGAAAAACACGCACCACGCGAAACAUUCAAGGGGCAGUCAAGAACCGAAAGCUCUUUCACAUGCCGGAUGGAUUCCUUCAAAAGAUACGAGACUUUGUAUUAGGAUUUGCUGGAGUGACUCGGAAAAGCGACUGGACAUAUAUAUCCUCAUCCAAGCAGAGUGAUACUCUUGGCUUGGACGUGCUGGAAGACUGUGGAAAAGCUUUUGAGGAUUGGAAAGUGUCUAUCGAGCUGGAAAAAUGA